CCUGAACCAUUCCCUGUUGCCUCCCCCCGCAGUUGAACGAUGGUCAGUUCACGCCCAUCCAGCUGGUCGGGAUGCUGCGAGGCAUCGCCUCCGGCAUGCGCUAUCUCUCCGACAUGAGCUACGUUCACCGCGACUUGGCAGCCCGGAACAUCCUGGUCAACAGUAACCUGGUUUGCAAAGUGUCCGACUUCGGCCUCUCUCGUUUCCUGGAGGAGAAUUCCUCGGAUCCAACCUAUACCAGCUCGUUGGGGGGCAAAAUACCGAUCCGCUGGACGGCCCCCGAAGCUAUCGCCUUUCGCAAGUUCACGUCGGCCAGCGACGUCUGGAGUUACGGCAUCGUUAUGUGGGAGGUGAUGUCGUUCGGAGAGAGGCCAUAUUGGGACAUGUCCAACCAGGAUGUGAGUGCCCCCCCCCCCGUGAGGAUGACUUUGGGGGGGAGG